ACGACUUGUUUGUAAAUAAACAAGACAGAACGAAGAAUAUAAAAGUUUGAAGUUUUGUUAGUUGAUUUGGUUAAUUUUUUCAAUAAUCUUUCUUGGGGGAGGAUUUAGUAAUUUAGUUUGUAAAAGCUUACACAGUUGAUUUAGUUUGUAGUAAAGAUUGAGAUUUUAAUAUGAUUGAUAAGUAAUCAAUAUAUGGGGCGUUUUUAAGCUACUAGUUGUGUUUGUUGCAGAACUUUUAAAAUGGGAGAAUUGUCCAGAAUAGUGAAUUUAAUGAGAUUAAAGUCUCUGACACCAUAUCUGGAACGUGUCCCAGGAUGGAAUUUCAAAUUGGCUGAAUUAGUUCGGCCCCCGUUGGCCUGCAAUUAUUUGUAUAAACAUUUAAGUACUUAUGUUGACGAUACCGUCAAUCUCAACAACAAUAGGAGAUCAAAUUGGGCACGAUAUGCAGCGGCUGGUAAGCACAAAACAGAACGACGGGAGGAUUGUGACCGUGAAAAGAAUAGGACCAGCAGCACCGCAGUAGUUGCGACAGGAGCAGGACUUUUGCUGAUGUUAUGGUCAAAUUCUCAGUGGGACACGGUAGAAGCAGCAAAACCAAUUUAUAACGAUGAAAAUCAACAGGAUCGUAGGGAUACAGAUGAUCAUUACAGGGCUGGAGGAAAAUCAAAAGGAUUUCAAAAAAGCAAUCGAGAACGAUUCAAUUUCAUUGCAGAUGUUGUUGAUAAGGUCAAGGAUACAGUGGUUUCGAUUGAAGUAAAGGAUCAUGCCCACGUAGAUUUCUUCACUGGAGUCCCCCAUACCGCGUCCAAUGGAUCGGGUUUUAUUAUUAGUGACGAUGGUUUGAUUUUGACCAAUGCUCACGUUGUUGCCAGUCGUCCAAGAUCUUCGUUUUCUGUUCGUCUGGCUGAUGGCAGAACUUUUUCAGCAGUUAUAGAAGACAUUGACUAUGAAUCUGAUCUAGCUACUAUUCGGGUUCACGCUAAGGACUUGCGCACACUCUCGCUUGGUAAUUCAGCAGAUACAAAAAUUGGUGAAUGGGUCAUAGCGCUUGGAGCUCCAUUGACGCUAACAAAUACGGUCACAGCCGGUGUUGUUAGUAGUACAAGUCGAGGCGCUAGCGAAUUGGGUAUCCAAACCAAUGAUAUAAACUAUAUACAAACGGAUGCUAGCAUUACGUUUGGAAAUUCUGGUGGGCCGCUUAUCAACUUGGACGGAGAGGCGAUAGGAAUUAAUUCGAUGAAAGUCACUGCUGGGAUUUCAUUCGCUAUUCCGAUUGACCACGCCAAGAAGUUUCUAGCGAGAUCCGAAGCGCGAAGAUCAAGCGGAUUGAUGAAACCAACUCGGAAAUAUAUGGGGCUUACGAUUUUAACAGUAACUGACCAAAUUAAACGAGAAUUGGAAUCUCGCGGGUAUAAAAAAGUCUCCAAAGGAGUUUUAGUAUGGCAGGUCGUGGUCGGCUCUCCAGCAUACCUUGCUGGUGUCAAGCCUGGUGAUAUUAUUGUGAGAAUUAAUGGUACCGAAAUCGCAUCAUCAGCUGACCUGUACGAACUGACCAAGGUGUCUGACAAACUGAAUAUUCAUAUUCAGCGAGGUGAUAAAUUAUACGCUUGUACCGUAACCCCGGAACUUGUUGAAGACUGAGUGAAAUUACUAUUGUAUUCAUUCAUAAAAAAUUGUACCAGAAAACCGAACCAGAAAAAUAAAUACUUGUAAUAAAAAUAUAUAGUUCAA